CGCUCGCUUAGCAUCUUCUCUUUUAUUUAUCCUUUUAAUAAUUAAUCGCAAACCACCGCGAUGCGCUUCUCUAUCGCGACCGCCCUCUUGGGCCCAGCUAUCCUGGUUUCCGGGGCUGCCAUACCAGAUACCCCCGAAGGCGUCGCCCCUCCCGUGCCGCUGAACGAAAUCCCCAAACACACAAUGGUCAUUGAGCCCGAGCAGCUGCUCCAGGCUUUGGUUGAGAAGGGUCUUGCUCUUACCAACGGCACUAUACUCGACAAGCUCAUCCCCUCGGCGAAGCCUGCUGCCAGCAAAUCCAACAACGAAGUCAACGUGAACGCUGUUGACGACGAGGUUUCCAUCGCUGCUACCUGCAACAACCCCCGCGUGCGCAUCGAGUGGGACAGCUACUCCAAUGACGACAAGAACGCAUACCUCAAUGCAAUCAACUGCCUGCGUAGCCGCCCUGCCUCGGGCUCCUUCCCCCCUGCCGGCAACCGUUACGAGGACCUUGUCAGGCUGCACCAGCAGGUCACGGACCAAGUUCACGACAAUGCCAAGUUCCUCGUCUGGCACCGAUACUUCGUGUGGGUUUUCGAGGAUAUCCUCCGCUCCGAGUGCGGAUUUGACCGUGCUCUUCCAUGGUGGGACGAGGGCAGGAACACUGGUCGCUUUGCUUCCUCUUCCGUCUUCUCCGGCGAUUUCUACGGCGCCAUCGCCAUCGGCGGACAGUGCGUAACCAAUGGCAAAUUCGCCAACAGCAACUUGAACAUCGGCCCAGGCUCCUCCAACAGGGUCCAAUGCUUGUCCCGCGCCGGCGACUCCACCCAGACCAGCAAGCUCACCGAGGACCUCGUCCGAUCCGUCAACGCCAUCCCCAACUACAGCGAAAUGGCCUACUACGCCGAGGGAACCUUCCACGCCUACGGUCACCUCGGUGUAGGUGGUACCCAAGCCGACAAGUACGCCUCCCCCGGUGACCCAUGGUUCUGGCUCCACCACGCCUACGUCGACCGCAACUUCGCCAACUGGCAAGGCGGUGACCCCAACACGCGCCUCAACAGCAUCAACGGAAACGACAAGAACGGCAACCCCCUCACCCUCGACGUCAUGGUCUACAUGAACGGUCUCAGGCCCGAUGUUCGCAUUAGGGAUAUCAUGGAUGUCCGCAGCGAGAAGCUGUGCUACACCUACCAAUACUAGAGUCCCUGCCGUUGAUUUUCAUUUGCGAUUAUUAGACCCUGUAGCACAUGAAUAGAAAACCACUAUCAAAACACAAAAAGGAAUAAAAAAUUUAAUAGAACAAGACUACUGUGCCAUUCAUGCUCUUUCCUUCUGAUUCACUACGGUGGAUGCGUAUGUGAUGCCCAGCCUGGCUCUUUCUGAACCUCUCCAUGAAUUGCGUAUCCUCCAAUUUGGAGUGUUGAAGCUAGGUUCUUCCAUGUGAUUUCAAAACAACGGGCUAGAACUCACAUGUAUAGUCGAACGCAUAAUAACGUCAUAAAUUCUCUCCCUCUCUAUUUGUUUUGAGUUGGAGUUUAGGUGAUCCUACACACAGCGAUGGGUUACAACGAGGAAAAUACCAAAAUAACGAGCGAUAACCAAAAAGACCCUCCCUCUCUAUGUAUGACCCUUCUUCCGACGAAACCCCUUUCUUCCCCGCCAUCACCCAACCCAAGCAUAUUUCCCUGCCUUAAGAGAACUAUAACAGAAUGCUUACUACAGGUCAUUAUAGCCUCAGGGAUUCCCCUCCUGCUCCCACUGCUGCUCAAGGAAUACAAACACAAAAAUAAAAACAACCCUCCCGCUGCUAAUGCGAACAUGCCCUUUUUCCUGUGAGUCGAAAAAGGCGAAAUGCGCUAGAGAAUGCGCAGCGUCGCGUUAUCAUCCAUGCAUCAAUUCAGUGCUUCGAGUACUCGCCAUAACAUAUUUUAAAAAAAAUACACGUUCCCUUUUACCUACUCUUAUUCUCUACGUCCCGUCUUUUUUUUUUCCUCCACUUUUCGCUGCUGCAGCUAGCAGCGCCGCCGU